GCUUUUUCCGUUAUAUGACAUUUGUCAGAUGUCAACAGCACAAAGCGUUUUGAAUUUUGACUUUGCAUUGCACCAAAUUGUGGUUUGUUUACAUUUAAGAUAUCUUUAAACAACGCUUUACAAUGAGUUUGUGGGUUGAUAAACACAGACCCAAAGAUUUAAUGAAACUUGACUACCACAAGGAUCAAGCAUUGAGAUUGAAAAAUUUAGUUCAACAAAGCGAUUUUCCGCAUCUUCUUGUGUAUGGACCUUCUGGUGCCGGUAAAAAAACUAGAAUUAUGUGUUUACUACGAGAACUUUAUGGCUCUGGUGCCGAACGAUUGAGACAAGAAACGAUGCAUUUUACAACACCAUCUAACAAGAAAAUAGAAAUAAUGACAGUAAGUAGUAACUAUCACAUUGAGGUUAAUCCAACGGACGUAGGUAUUCACGAUAGAGUUGUUAUUAUGGACUUGGUUAAAAAUGUUGCUCAAACGCAUCAAAUUGAUUCUUCUGGUCAACGUGAGUUUAAGGUAGUUAUUUUAAAUGAGGUCGAUGACCUAACUAAAGAUGCGCAGCAUGCUUUACGUCGUACAAUGGAGAAAUACGUUGCUACAUGCAGGCUAAUAUUAAUCGCCAAUUCUAUAUCACGAGUUAUACCUGCUAUAAGAUCACGUUGUCUUACUAUCAGAGUUCCAGCACCCACAGAAAAUGAAAUAGCAACAGUAUUGCAUUCAGUGUGCAAAAAAGAAGGUUUAAGUCUUCCAUCUGAACUAGCAAUGCGUGUUGCUAAAGCUGCUGAUAGAAAUUUACGCAGAGCAUUACUUAUGUGUGAAGCAUGCAAAGUACAGAAAUAUCCAUUUUCACCAGAUCAAAAAGUUCCAGAACCUGACUGGCAGCAAUUUAUCAGAGAAACAGCUUCAAUGAUUUUAACAGAGCAAUCACCAAAGAAACUCGGUGAAGUGAGACAAAAGUUAUAUGAAUUAAUAAUCCAUGGCAUUCCUCCUGAUAUGAUAUUUUCAGGGCUUUUAUGUGAUCUAGUUCGUAAUUGCGAUAUUUCAAUUAAAUGUCAGAUUGCCAGCUAUGCAGCAGAGUAUGAACACCGAAUGAGACUGGGCAAUAAGCCAAUAUUUCAUCUUGAAGCCUUUGUAGCCAAAAGUAUGGCAAUAUAUAAAAAGUAUGUGGAAGAAUCCCUGGGUGAUGCGUUUUAAAUUGUAACAUGAAAAGAAAAUAAGAUAUUGUUAUUUGUAAGUUAAAUUAAAAUACUCAUUUUG